AUGCAGCCGGAGAUGGAAUUCGUGAAGUUCUUGGGGAAGGGUUCGUUCGGUUCCGUGGAUCUUUUCAGACACCGUAAACCAGACGGUUCGAUGUUAUACAACGCAGUGAAGGUCUCAGACGUUCAAGGCUACGAUUCUCUCUACAGAGAAUUUAAGAUUCUGAAAAAACUCAGAGGAUGUCCAAGAAUCGUGCAAUGUUUUGCAGACACUCUGUUCGAAGAAUUCAACUGCCACGGCAACAAAGUCUACAAGAUGGUAAUGGAAUACGCAUCAGCUGGUACUCUAUCUGCUUUCAUGGCACGUAACAGAACAUUAUCGGAUUCGACUAUUAAAGACUUCACUCGCAUGAUUCUACAAGGAUUGGUCUCGAUUCAUAGUCUCGGUUAUGUCCACUGCGAUCUUAAACCGGACAAUCUCCUUCUCUUCCCGCGUUACGAUGAGAAAACUUGGGAUUUCUCAUACGACUUGAAGAUUUCGGAUUUUGGAAUGUCGAUAAAAGCCGGAGAGCAAUCUGAUUAUUGGAGUAUUGUUUCUCCGUUUGUCGGAACACCUAUCUACAUGUCUCCGGAGUCAGUCCAAGACGGUACCGUCGAGAAAGCCCUAGAUUUGUGGUCAUUAGGAUGUAUAGUGCUUGAGAUGUACAUCGGUAAGAGGCCAUGGUCAGGGGUUGAUUCUGAUGAUCUUGAGUCUAAUCUGUUGAAAAACAUCGCACCAGAGAUUCCACAUAGUUUGCCUUGUGACGCAAGAAAGUUCUUAGAAACGUGUUUUGCAAGUAAACCUGACGAAAGAAGAAGCGCUUCGGAGCUGUUGAUGCAUCCCUUCUUGACCGGAGAACAGAUGGUGGCCGCCGGUGGAGAGAGAAGACCGUUGCUGUUGAAGUUGAAGAUCAGACCGAGGAAGUCUACGGUUAUUCCAGAGAAGCCCCUGAAGACUAUUACGAUAAAGCCCCCACAGUUUAAGAAAGUUGCGGUGAAACCCCAGAAGAUGAAGGUGAAGAUUAUACCUCCGACAAGAACUCUUCCAGCUUCCACUUUCGAAACUGCUCAGUAG